CGACAAGACCCGCCCACCCCGUGUGCAUCAUCAUCAUCAAGCUAAGGUCAUUUUAAUUCGGGAACAUACGCAGCACUGCACCACAGAAGCUACAGCCAGAAUGUCUCUGUCAAACAAACUCACGUUGGACAAGGUGGAUGUGAAAGGAAAGCGCGUGAUCAUGAGGGUUGAUUUUAACGUCCCCAUGAAGGAUAAAGCGAUAACAAACAACCAGAGAAUCAAGGCUGCUGUCCCAUCCAUUCAGCAUUGUUUAGAUAAUGGGGCUAAAGCUGUGGUCCUGAUGAGCCACUUGGGCCGGCCUGAUGGAGUCCCCAUGCCAGACAAAUACUCUCUGGAGCCAGUGGCGGCAGAACUAAAGAACCUGCUGGGAAAAGAUGUUCAGUUCCUGAAGGACUGUGUGGGUCCAGAUGUGGAGAAGGCCUGUGCCGACCCACCUGCUGGUUCUGUCAUUCUGCUGGAGAACCUGCGAUUCCAUGUGGCCGAGGAGGGCAAGGGCAAAGAUGCAUCGGGUAACAAGACCAAAGCAAGCCAAGCGGAAAUAGACUCUUUCCGAGCCUCCCUGUCCAAUUUAGGUGACGUCUACGUCAACGAUGCCUUUGGAACUGCGCACAGAGCUCAUAGCUCCAUGGUUGGUGUGGACCUCCCUCAGAAGGCUGCUGGUUUCCUGAUGAAGAAGGAGCUGGACUACUUUGCCAUGGCCUUAGAGAAACCACAGAGGCCUUUCCUGGCCAUCCUUGGAGGGGCCAAGGUCAAAGAUAAGAUUCAGCUGAUCAACAACAUGUUGGACAAGGUGAAUGAGAUGAUCAUUGGGGGAGGAAUGGCAUUUACCUUCCUCAAGGUGCUCAAGAAUAUGGAGAUUGGCACUUCCCUCUAUGAUGAAGAGGGUGCCAAAAUUGUGAAUGACCUGAUGGCCAAGGCUGAGAAGAACGGUGUGAAGAUCACACUUCCUGUCGACUUUGUCACUGCAGACAAGUUUGACGAGAAUGCCGUUACAGGGACUGCUUCAGUAGCUGAUGGAAUUCCAGCUGGUUGGAUGGGUCUGGACUGUGGUGCUGAGAGCUCAAAGGUCUAUGCAGAGGCUAUAGCCAGAGCCAAACAGAUUGUGUGGAACGGACCCGUCGGUGUGUUCGAGUGGGACAACUUCUCUUGCGGAACCAAGAACAUGAUGGACAAAGUUGUGGAAGUGACUAAAAAUGGCUGCAUCACCAUUAUUGGUGGGGGAGACACGGCGACCUGCUGUGCCAAGUGGGACACAGAGGACAAGGUCAGUCAUGUUAGCACUGGGGGUGGAGCCAGUCUGGAGCUGCUGGAGGGGAAAGUGUUGCCUGGUGUGGAUGCCCUCAGCAGUGUAUAAGCACUAUGUGGCUCUUCUGCCAGAGGUUGGGUACUCCUCUCCCAACAUGCUGUCAUUCUUACUCGCACAGCAUUUGUUCAGUGCUAUCACCUAUCGGGGAUGCAAAUGAUAACUACUCUAUUUAUGGACAGCUGGACUGCUGACCUAUUCAUUCAUGCACAUUCAGAUUAGCCAUUUGCUUUCUAUCAAAUUACACUUUCUUUUGUUGGGGGGGAGGGGUCACCUCACCAUUUCUCAGUCAAGAUGUUUCUAUCCGUUAGGUUUUUGUUUUUUUAGAGAGAGAAACUUGGACAUCAGCAGUAAUCGCUGUUCCUGUAUUGUUAUUUUUCAGAGAUGGGUCAUGUUUUGUCACAUGUGUCAUCCCCAUUAUAGUCUGAAUGUAUUCGCUGUAAACGGUUGUGCUGUUACUGUAGAGUUUAUACUUUAUUUUUGUCUCUCCACAGAUGUUGAGUACAUGUAAUACUGUAGACACUUUGCUCCCCAUUUUGCACUUGUCAUCCUAGACCUGCAGCUUAUGUGAUAGAUUUUCUGCACUGGAAUUAUUAUGAUGGGCUAAUUGGUAAACCCAGACAGUCUGUUGUGGAAUACGAACAAAGAUAAUAAAAAAAAAAAUCAAA